AUGAGUAACCCAUCAUUUUAUUUAUAUGAUGAUAACAAACUGUCGGAAGAAGUCCAAAAUAUCACCAUCAACAAGCGGAGAAAUCGAGACAUCUCAAUUUAUGAUCGAAGUAUAAGAAAGGAAUCUACCAAUUUUUAUAAUAUCAAUUCUUCAAGUUUAUCCAACAGUAGUCUAACAAAUGACAUUUCCAGAGAUCCCGUCAAAGAUACCCAUCUAAAUCCUCGAGUUGAUAGUAAUGCUCGAGAUUUCUCCAAAGAUUUCAGAAUAAAUAGUCCCAUCAUGACCUUGAAAGAUCAAUUUAACAACUUAUCAGAUAUUUUGAAAUUCCCUAUUGAAUCUUCCCAUUCAUAUUCUUAUGCUCAUUUAUCUCCCAAUUCUUUGGCUUUGAGAUUAAAUGUUUUGAAGAGAUCAUUAGAGAUUCUUAAAGAGAGACCAAAUCUUUAUAACUCCAUGAAAGAUGCUAAUGAACCCCUCACAAAGAAGAAAUUGGAUAACAAGAACUUCAAUGCCUCAUCAGCAGCAUUAUCAGCAUUGUUCAAACCAUCAAUGAAACGUUCAGAUAGUUUCCCCACUCAAGAAAUAUAUUCUAAUAAGGAGUCAAGCAAUAAUCUUUCAAAUGAUUUGAAAGAAAUCUUGAAACUCCUUGAAUCCAACGAUGUUAAUAUCCCAAAUUCCAAGGAUUUUGCCACAACUUUGCAUGAUUUAUCACUUUCAAGUGAUAAUGGCUUAAAUUCGGUUAAAAGAUUGAUGGCUGCAUUAUCAACUCCUUUCGUUGAUACAUCAGUAAUGACCACUACUGAUUCAUUACCAAUGAGACCUUCAUCUAUAGCUUUAAAUCUUUUGAACACUGCAAAUACCCCUUUGGGUAAUCCUAAUUCACCUGUGGGAAGUAGACCAUUUCAUUCGAUUUCUUCAGGAAAACAUUCAUUGCCACAAUCAGUGUUCACGAUAGAUAUAGAAAAUCCAUGGCAAGUCAAAGCAGCUAAUGAUUUAGCUUGCUUGAUGUUUGGAGUAUCUAAAAAUAUGAUAAGAUCUCUUACAUUGAUGGAUUUAAUAGCUCCCCAAUUCAGAGAAUUCGUGAUCGAAAGAUUAACUAAAUUUUUGAGUAAUGAACUCCAAGUGAACUUGAAAACUGAUAUCAUUUUCAGUGGAGAAAUAGUUGCAAUCACACGUCCUAGUGAUAAGAACUAUUCUUGGACUUCAUUAUGGGCAAAAAGAAAAGGUAAAUUGAUCAUUUUCAUGUUUGACCAAAUUCCUUGUGAUGCUUUUGAUAUCGUCAUACUGAAAAAUCUUACUUCAUCAGAAGAUGAAACAAAACAAGAUUUCACUGUGAAAUCCAUCAAUGAAGUGGCAGGAAACUUAUUCAACAAAUUACCUCAAAACCUCAUUAACCUUACCGAAAUCAGUACUUCUAUCGAUCAAUUCCUAGAAAGUAUUGAAAAUACCAAUGAAUCUGAAUCAUUAAAUUACAUCCAAAGUGAACUCAUCAAUGAGAGACGAUACUUCACCUUACAAAUCAAUGAUGAAAAUGUUCCUUGUGCCGUUACAUCCAAUGCCUUGGACAUCAAUCCUUCAAAACUUGAACUCAAACUCAAAAUUCAUUCUUUACCCUAUAUAGCAGGGAUAUUUGUCAUUGAUGGGGCUAAUUUCAAUAUUCUUUCUUGCAACAAUUCCAUAGCCAAAAACCUUUUCGGUCAAUCAUCAAUAAAUUUGGUAGGAAAAUCCAUAAAUCUUUUGAUUGAAAACUUCGAAGAUAUUUUUAAUUCAGGUUUGAAAGACAUUGAAUCUCAAUUUUCUAUCGUUCCUGGUUUGGUAUUACCAGAACAUUUCUUCAGAAGAUACAAGAAUUCUUUGAAAUCUGAUGGAAGUACUGAAGAUUUCCUCAAUUCUAAAGGUUUGGUAGCUAAUCAUUUAGAUGGGAAUAAGUUUUUCGUGGAUGUUCAAUUACGAGUUUCUACUCCUAGCACUUAUGUCUUAUGGAUAACAUACUCAAGACUGUUGAAUUCUGUUGUUGAUAAUGAAUCCAAUAGACCAAUUUUUAAAAGGUCAAGACUGGUAAGUGGUGAUAGUAUUAAUCAAAACUUGAACACUAACUUUGAUUCCUUAGCCAAAUCUAAAACUCCAGGUUUCGCCAGAUUACCUUCACAAUUGAAAUUGUUCGAAACAAGCAACCUUGCUACUGUAGGAGAGAUAUCUAGGAAUAACAGUACCAGGACUCCAAACUUGAAGGACAUUCGAGCAUCUUCCGGAAAUAGAGAUUCAAUAUUUGAAUCUUUUGAAGGUGAUUCCCAUUCCGAUAUCCCUACAAUUUCAACUACUGGCACUUCUGUCAAUGAAGAAAUUAGUGAAUUCGUUCAGGUGAAUUUCUCUGAUUUAGUGGUGCAAGAAGAUAAUCAAAUCAUGGAAAAAGCAAAGAAAUCAAGAAACUGGCCCUCCAAGAUCGGUCAAAAACGAAGAACUAAAAAGAUCACCGAAUUUGAUAUAGUCAAAGAAAUCGGUGAAGGAGCUUAUGGUAAAGUCAUCAUAGGUCAACACAAAAAUGACAAACCAUAUGAGGUAAUCAUCAAAUGUAUCGAUAAAGAAAGGAUCUUGGUAGAUACUUGGGUCCGUGAUCGAAAUUUAGGUACUAUUCCAUCAGAAAUUCAAAUCAUGUCAACUUUGAUGAAAGAAUUACACCCUAACAUCAUGAGAAUCAUUGAUUUUUUCGAAGAUGAACAAUAUUAUUACCUUGAAACUCCAAUUUUCGGAUCUCCUCCUGCUAUUGAUUUGUUCGAUUACAUUGAAGUAAAAGAGGAUAUGACUGAAUUUGAAUGUCGCUUCAUUUUCAAGCAAAUUGUCUCUGCUAUCUUCCAUCUUCAUAAGCAUGGUAUAGUUCAUCGUGAUAUAAAAGAUGAAAACAUUAUUGUAGAUGAAAGAGGUAUCAUCAAGUUGAUUGAUUUUGGUAGUGCAGGAUACACCAAAUCAGGACCAUUUGAUGUGUUCGUAGGUACCAUUGAUUACGCUUCACCUGAGGUUUUGAAGGGUGAGAAAUAUGAUGGUAAACCACAAGAUGUAUGGGCUUUAGGAAUUUUGUUAUAUACUAUUCUUUAUAAAGAGAAUCCAUUCUAUAACGUUGAUGAAAUCAUGGAAGGUGAUUUGAGAUUACCUCCUGUUAUUUCCAACGAACCCAUCAACUUAAUCAAGAAAAUCCUUGUUCGAGACAUUGCCAGUCGUCCUACAAUCACUGAUAUUGUAGAAGAUCCAUGGUUAAAUUAUUAG